CGAGUGAGUCCCCCCAGUCCCGCACUCGGAGUCCGAGAUGGCUUCAGUGACCGAUAGUAAAACUGGAAUCAAAGAUGCCUCUGACCAGAAUUUUGACUAUAUGUUCAAAUUGCUCAUCAUUGGCAACAGCAGUGUUGGCAAGACCUCCUUCCUCUUCCGCUAUGCUGAUGAUACCUUCACCCCUGCCUUUGUCAGUACUGUGGGCAUCGACUUUAAGGUGAAGACAGUCUACCGCCACGAGAAACGAGUGAAGCUGCAGAUUUGGGACACAGCUGGGCAGGAACGGUACCGGACUAUCACCACAGCCUAUUACCGGGGGGCCAUGGGCUUCAUUCUGAUGUAUGACAUCACCAACGAGGAGUCCUUUAAUGCUGUCCAGGACUGGGCUACUCAGAUCAAGACCUACUCCUGGGACAAUGCUCAGGUUAUUCUGGUGGGGAACAAGUGUGAUAUGGAGGAAGAGAGGGUUGUCCCCACUGAGAAGGGCCGACUCCUUGCAGAGCAGCUGGGGUUUGACUUCUUUGAAGCCAGUGCCAAGGAGAACAUCAGCGUGAGGCAAGCCUUUGAGCGCCUGGUAGAUGCCAUUUGUGAUAAGAUGUCUGAUUCGCUGGACACAGACCCCUCUGUGCUGGGCACCGCCAAGAAUACCCGUCUCUCAGACACUCCGCCACUGCUGCAGCAGAACUGCUCAUGCUAGGCAAGGCCUACCCACUUAACCUCCCCUUGUUGUAGUCCCACAUGCACUUUGCUUCUCGGUUACAUACUGUCCAC